CAUGGAAGUUCUUUGUUACAGGAACUGCAGCUCUUGGCGACUUCAAGGGCUUGUUGGCAACAGCAUCUGUAGGUUUUUCUAUUUUGCAUUAGCAGGUUCUAGGUCGGGGGGGGCUGAGGUUUUUCUUGUAAAUGUGAAUGUUCUACAAAGAGCUCCCGCAGGACUGCUUUUGCUUCCCUGAGUCAGAUGUGAAUCUGUUCAUGUGUUGCCAUGGGCUUUGGGAAGAGGCGGCAUCCAUGGAAAGGUCAAAACCCCAAAGAAAUUAGAAAACCAGUUUGUAAGAACAACAUAGGAAAAUACGCUGUCGUGGGAGGUUUUGAGAAGCAAUAACUCAGAGUGAAUGCAGGCUGGGAUGUGGAAAAAGGAGAAAAGGUGCUUGAGGAAAAAGUGCUGUGAUGAGCAGCACUGAGAUUUUGGGGAGAUUGUGAGCUUUUGGCUUUUUAUUUUAGUGACCGGAGGAGCAUCCUGGCAAAGCACCGUCACAGAGAAGGACCUGGCGGGUCCCUGGUGCCGUGCUGCAGUCUCCAGGUGUUCUUGACCCUGCUCGCCUUGUUGCUGGUGGAGUUGAGGGAUGUGCUUGUCCCUAGAGGGUGCUGCUGUCCCCUCGGUGGCACCAGGGAUAGCGGAAGCUCUUCAGGAUGCAGGCGAAGAGUCGACUGCUGUAAUGAUGCCAUCGCAGCAGAGAGCGGAGGAAGGGACCAGUUUUAGCCUCAAGUGCAUUAAAGAUAAAAAGGUCCCCAUCGGGGUCACCGUGGUCGUAGCAGCGUUGCUUCUCACCAUAAUCGCGCUGGCGGCUAAGAAAUGCCCGUCCUGUCCAUCCUGCUCCUCUCCUGUCCUUCCCAGCUGCCUGGAAAAUGGGAUCGGGUACAGGGAGAAGUGCUUUUACUUUGUGGAGGACGAAACGGACUGGAACAGGAGUCAGAUCUUUUGCCGUUCUCUCGGAGCCCAUUUGGCCACCAUUGACACCCAGGAGGAGCUGCAUUUCCUCUUGCGCUAUGGGAGUUCCUUGCACUACUGGAUCGGUCUCCACAGGGAAGGCUCUGGACCUUGGAAAUGGUCCAACGGGUCUCUCUUCAGCAAUGGGUUCGAGGUCCGGGGCAAGGGCCAAUGUGCCUAUAUCGAUGCUGACGGGAUCAGCAGCGACUGGUGCUCCCAGAUGAAAUACUCUGUCUGCAACCACCCGCAAAAGCACCCCAGUGGGAUUCAGAAGGAUUCGGAAAUCAUUCUGAAUUUCACCUGAAAUUUCCCCGUCGGCAGAGAAGAUCAACCACAAGCUGCUAUUAACCCUACGCAACAUGGUAGUGAGCGUCUCCCAACGGCACAGAUUUGUUUUAAUUUUAGCUUACAAAAGCAGAAACUCCUCAUGACAAUGACACAGAGCCGUGACCAAAGGAUCCUUACUUUAGUCUGACCGCUAGAGUCUUUCCAGUUUUGCAGACUUGGGAAUAUUGAAGAGGCUUGGAAAACUCCCUGCUUUGCUGGCAGCUGCCGUGCUGCAAAGCUCAGUCCUGCUGGUUUUGGUGUCUUUGUUCUUUGGUGGAUUUGGAGAAGUUGGAGGUGAGGGGCAGAAAUGCAAAGUGGAGAAACGAAACAGAAUUGCUUCCACGUUCUCCCCGGCCAAUGCUUGGGAGAAGACCCCAGCCUCGACAAGGAGCCACCGAACCGCUGCUCUGGGAUGUGUUCUGGCGUCCUGGCGAGAUGCCUGGUACCGAGUCUGUCCCCGUUGUUAAUUGUGUCACUGUGAGAGACUGAAAGCGUUAACGUCUCAAACGUUGUG